AUGUCUCGGUCCUUCAUGUCUCAAUUCUCCCAUGGACCCGAUAUCUGCCAUCGGGAGCUGAGCUGUAUCCAAACAGCACUCACGAUUCUGAAGGAAUGGCAUCGGCUCAGUUCUUCCGAUGUGAUGAUAUCGAAGGAAUUCAAUGAACAGCUUGUUACAGCCAUGGGUGGCUGCCAAAUCAUCAUGGAGGUUCUGUCUGAGGAUGUGAUGACUUUGGUUCAUGGCAGUCGCAAUGACGGCACACUUGGAUUUAGAUAG